AGGCAGGCGAGCCCCAGCAGCAACUUGUACCUUGGGCCUCUCUCCUCUCGAGCCCUCUCGCUCUGCUCCGUGCCUGACUGCCGCCGGCAUGGCCACCACCAUCCGCCAGUUCACCUCCUCCAGCUCCAUCAAGGGGUCCUCCGGCCUGGGGGGCGGCUCGUCCCGCAUGUCCUGCAGGGUGUCUGGUGGCCUGGGCGCCGGCUCCUGCAGGCUGGGGUCUACCAGCGGCCUGGGCAGUGCCCUCGGGGGCAGCAGCUAUUCCAGCUGCUACAGCUUUGGCUCUGGGGGUGGCUAUGGCGGUGGCUAUGGCGGUGGCUAUGGCGGCGGCUAUGGCAGCAGCUUUGGUGGUGUUGAGGGGCUGCUGGCAGGAAGUGAGAAGGCUACUAUGCAGAACCUCAACGACCGCCUGGCCUCCUACCUGGACAAGGUGCGUGCCCUGGAGGAGGCCAACGCCGAGCUGGAGGUGAAGAUCCGUGACUGGUACCAGAAGCAGGCCCCAGGGCCCGCCCCCAACUACAGCCACUACUUCCAGACCAUCGAGGACCUGAAGAACAAGAUCCUUGCGGCCACUGUGGACAAUGCCAGCAUCCUCCUGCAGAUCGACAAUGCCCGUCUGGCUGCUGAUGACUUCCGCACCAAGUUUGAGACGGAGCAGGCUCUGCGCCUGAGCGUGGAGGCCGACAUCAACGGCCUGCGCAGGGUGCUGGAUGAGCUGACCCUGGCCAGAGCCGACCUGGAGAUGCAGAUCGAGAACCUCAAGGAGGAGCUGGCCUACAUGAGGAAGAACCACGAGGAGGAGAUGAAUGCCCUGCGAGGCCAGGUGGGUGGCGAGAUCAACGUGGAGAUGGACGCUGCCCCCGGCGUGGACCUGAGCCGCAUCCUCAAUGAGAUGCGCGACCAGUACGAGAAGAUAGCGGAGAAGAACCGCAAGGAUGCCGAGGACUGGUUCUUCAGCAAGACAGAGGAGCUGAACCGCGAGGUGGCCACCAACAGCGAGCUGGUGCAGAGCGGCAAGAGUGAGAUCUCGGAGCUCCGGCGCACUCUGCAGGCCUUGGAGAUCGAGCUGCAGUCCCAGCUCAGUAUGAAAGCAUCCCUGGAGGGUAGCCUGGCGGAGACGGAGAAUCGCUACUGCAUGCAGCUGUCCCAGAUCCAGGGGCUGAUCAGCAGUGUGGAGGAGCAGCUGGCUCAGCUGCGCUGCGAGAUGGAGCAGCAGAACCAGGAAUACAAGAUCCUGCUGGACGUGAAGACACGGCUGGAGCAGGAGAUCGCCACCUACCGCCGCCUGCUGGAGGGCGAGGACGCCCACCUGACUCAGUACAAGCCCAGAGAACCCGUGACCACCCGCCAGGUGCGCACCAUUGUGGAAGAGGUCCAGGACGGCAGGGUCAUCUCCUCCCGUGAGCAGGUCCACCAGACCACUCACUGAAGACUCGGCUCCCCCAGCUAGCCCUCGGGGCAGGGAGGCUGCCACCCCAUCAGCCCUGCAGCCUGUGGCCUCCCCAGCCACAGUCCCCUCCCUACCCCUUUGAUCCCUUCCCCCACUCCCCUACCUGACCAAUAAAGCUUGUUGACUCAUACAUGGAA